AUGACGGCGUCUGCAGACCCCGCAGCCUGCAAUGACUGGGACGACCCGCUCGAGGAUGAGGUGUUGAGAGCAGAGCAGCUGGAAGUGCUCUCCAACUUAGGGCGAUGCCGCUACCAGGACACGGCCCAGCACAUCAUGAAGCAUUUUGAGGAGACCUCCAGGUUGGGACAGCAAGGCGUCGUGCCCCAGCGGGUCUUCGAGAAGAAGAUGACGUGGCUGGUUUACAUGAUGGGGGCCUUAGUUGGUGGGCAUGCCUCCGCCAAGGCCAACCGGACAGACACGGACUGCGCCCCCACGCACGUGGUGAAUGGCGAGCUGGCCGGGCGCAUCUUCCGUCUGGUGAACUUGACGGACCAGCAGAAGGAGACAUCCGAGGGCUUAGAGCUUGCGUACUUGUACUUCUUGGAGCAGUUCAGGAAGGUGUAUAUUGGCGAGCAUGCCAAGCAGGUGGUUCAGCAGCAGGUCAACGAACGCCUGGCAACAGUUCUCGGUCUAGAGGACGAGAAUGCGGUCCUGGGCCUUCUCAUCAACAAAAUUGGCAACAACCUCCAGCAACGGUUUCAGCUUGAGAUUGUGGUGAAGAAGACGCUCGCGCUGUUCCACGAGCUUGCGGCUGGCAUCAAUAUCGUGCACACAUCGGACCGAUCUCCUCACCUAAUUGUCUCCGGCCGACUGCUUCUUAAGAACGACAUGGUCAAGUACAUCCUCAGCAACCAUGCUUCUCCGCAGUUUGGGUUUCUGGCCCACAGCCUGCAGUAUGGCAAGUACCGAACCAUGUACUAUCACACCUUGGGCAAGCUGCUCUUCAUGGACAUCAGAGACAACAAGGAGGCCUUCGAGAAGUUCAUGGAGCCUCAAGGUCACAUUCUGACGUCGCUUUGGCAGCAGAGCUGCCAGAAUCCACAGUAUCUUCGGCAGGAUUCGAUCAAGCCAGCCCUGGUUGGCCUCUGCCGAGACUUGCGGGGAAUUGGGCUUGCGUGCAGCAGUUGCGAGCCUUACUCGAUGCUGUUCGACUGGCUCGUGGACAACCCGAAGAAUCCGUCGGCGAACAGGGUCAACCUCUUCUCCAGAGCUCUCGAUGUUUGGUGGGACGAUCCAGAGGUCACGACGCCGCUGCUGAAGUUUAUGGCCGAGUUCGUGCAUAACAAGUCGCAGCGGAUUACCUUCGAUCAGUCCUCGCCCAACGGUAUACUUCUCUUCAGGGAGGCCUCCGCGAUCCUGGUGACCUAUGGAACCAGGAUACUCCAGCGAACCCAGUUCCGCGACGUGUACAUAGAGAAGUACAAGGGCAUUGGCGUAUGUCUGGACAUGUUCUCCCACGCUCUUCACGGGAACUACACAAAUUUUGGAGUCUUUGAGCUGUACAGUGACAAUUCGCUCUCAAACUCCAUGGCGCUAGCCUUGCGCCUCUGCUUAGCCAUACCGCUGCAGGAGCUGAAUGCAUACCUCAAAGCCCUGAAGCCGUACUACUACUUCGUGGAGUUGGCUACUCGUGGCCACAUGUCGAAGGUUAUGGAGUUGGAUUCGGCCAUGCUCACGUCGCUGAUGCAGAGUGUAGAAGAAGGCCUCCUCUCUUUUGAGACCGGUGUGCAGAUGCAAAGCUGUGCAGUUGUCGACAAUGUGAUCUCGUACUUCCACUCACAGCUCACUGGGAAGACCACCCCCGAACAGGAGCGCGUUCGACGCUACCUGCAGGAGGCACCUCAUUGCCUGCAGAAGAUCCUUCACCUCAUGUUCCAACUGGUCAUGACAGGCGCGAGGAAGCAGAAGCAGGGAGUGUGUUUGCAAAGACUUAGUGCAAAGUAG